GAGUCAACCAACAAAAUCAUCUGACGAGAAAACAAAGGCGUAGCAGAGAGAUCAAAGUCCUCAUCGCUAACGACGUAGUUGCACCACUCUCUCUCUCUCUCUCUCUCUCUCUCUCCACUGUUGGAUCUCGAUCAGGGAAGCUACUAUCUCUCGUUUCUCUCUCUAGCAAAGCAGUAGGCACAAGGCAGGAAAAGUAGAAACUCGAAGCCCUAGCAAGUAUAAGGCGACAAUCGAUGAGGAUAAAGUAGUAGGCGGUAGAUACAUAGAUAGAUAGAGAGAGAGAGAGAAGAGAGAGAUAGAGGAGUUUUGGUAUUUGGUCGAUGGUCUCAUGGGUGCUACGGGGUCGAGGCUCGAGAAGGCUCUCGGAGACCAAUUUCCCGAAGGCGAACGAUACUUUGGACUCGAGAAUUUCGGCAACACCUGCUAUUGCAACAGCGUCUUGCAGGCACUUUAUUUCUGUGUUCCAUUCCGUGAACAAUUACUAGAGUAUUAUGCAACUAAUAAAAAUCCGGGGGAUGCUGAAGAGAAUCUUCUUACUUGUUUGGCAGAUUUAUUUACACAGAUAAAUUCGCAGAAGAAGAAAACAGGUGUCAUCGCUCCAAAACGGUUUGUCCAGCGAGUGAGGAAACAGAACGAGGUUUUCCGAGGGUACAUGCACCAGGAUGCCCAUGAAUUUUUGAACUUCUUGUUAAAUGAGCUUGUUGACAUAUUGGAGAAAGAGUCCCAUGCAGUGAAAACUUCUCCAGAAACUUCCCCACCCUCUGAAAAGAUUGCAAAUGGACCAAAGAACCCUGAGGCCAAUGGUGUUAAGAAAGAGCCACUAGUUACGUGGGUUCAUAAAAAUUUUCAGGGUAUUCUUACCAAUGAAACAAGGUGCCUACGGUGUGAGACUGUAACAGCAAGGGACGAGACUUUUUUAGAUUUGAGCCUUGAUAUCGAACAGAACAGUUCAAUAACGAGUUGCCUAAAAAAUUUCAGCUCCACAGAAACCCUGAAUGCGGAGGACAAAUUCUUUUGUGAUAAGUGCUGCAGCUUACAAGAAGCCCAGAAGAGGAUGAAGAUAAAGAAACCGCCUCAGGUCCUUGUUAUUCACCUGAAGCGUUUCAAGUACAUGGAGAACCUUGGUCGGUACAAGAAGUUGUCUUACCGCGUUGUGUUCCCGCUGGAGCUUAAACUGAGCAACACCACGGAUGAUAACGAUUCCGAAUACUCCUUAUUUGCUGUCGUCGUUCACGUCGGGAGUGGGCCAAACCAUGGGCACUAUGUCAGCCUCGUGAAAAGCCAUAACCAUUGGCUCUUCUUUGACGAUGAGAACGUGGAGAUAAUCGAUGAGUCGGCCGUUCAAACCUUUUUCGGAUCCGCUCAGGAGUAUUCGAGCAACACAGAUCAUGGGUACAUUCUCUUCUACGAGAGUCUUACUGAUAAUGGAAAGAAUUAGAAGGGUAUUUUCUUAUCCUCCUCUCGUUUCUGUAUCUCUUUUAUGGCAUUCUGAGUAUCUGGGAUCUUUCGAAGGGUUUCUGUGUACAGUGGAUGGUGGAAAUAGGCCAUCCUUUUUGCAUGUUUUGACAAUAAAGGAGUGCCAAUCUUGAUCAUAAGAGCUUCACUGGAGCUGUUUUUCCCCUCCAGUUUUAUAAGGAUCAGUAGACUUAUUACAGAAACGAUAUGAGUUGAACUACACUUGAUCUGCAGUCUUCCUUUUUAGAAUUUCUUUUUGUUUUUAUAUUUUUGUUGGUAAUAAAUCCAAUCUUGAUUGCUUUUGCAUGAAA